AUGCUGCCUCGUGAGUUGGCCCGCUCACCGCGCAUGAGCUCUGGCGGCUCGGCCAUGACACAGCCGAAACGGCCGACCGGCCCUCCAGGCACUCGUCCCGUGUCCGCUGCCUCUCCUCUCAUCGCACUCUCGCAAAACCAGCUGCCUCUGAGGAGUUCGACACCUUUGCCUCCGCGCAAUCGUGUGUCGUCGACCGCGGCCUCGCGGCCAAGCUGCAGCAUUUCCGGCAGUUUCCAGCCCACACCCAGCAUCCUUGGCGCGCAGGAGGAGAAGGUGCGCGUCGCGGUGCGGUGCCGUCCUCCGAAUGUGGCCCACGGCGAGCGCAGUGAUGACGUCAUCGUGUCUAUGAACCCGUCAGCGAACGAGGUGUACCUGCUGGACCAGGAGGCUGCGCCGUGGCGUCUGGACAUGCCGCUGUGGUCGUGCUCUGGCGUGGCCCUCGACGGUUCACAGGCGAUGUCGCAGGCUGGCGUGUACGAGGCAGUCGGGCGGCCACUUCUGCAGCACGCACUUGAGGGCUACAACAGCACGCUCAUGGCGUACGGGCAGACAGGUAGCGGCAAGACCUACACGAUGAUGGGCGACCACCGCGAUGACGAAGAUGGCGAAGGGGCCGGCAUUAUUCCCCGCAUGUGCCGAGACCUCUUCCACGAGCUGAACAACCGUUCCUUCACUGCCCCCAGCGGCGAGCGCCUCAGCUGGGAGGUGCACGUGCGAUACGUCGAGGUGUACUGCGAGAAGAUCAGCGACCUCCUCAACUGUGGCGCGUCGGUCGGGAUUCGCGAAGAGAUCACACCGCAGAGCGCGACGUUUGCUCUGGUCGGUGCUCGCCGUGUCAAGGUAGCCGCCACAGAUGACCUUCUGCAGGCGCUUGCAAUCGGCAACAAGUGGCGCCGCACGGCGUCCACGAAGUUGAAUGACCGCAGUAGUCGCAGCCACGCUCUCUUUUUGAUCGACUUGACGGAGAUCAUCUCUUUCACUGAGCCUGACGGCACUGUCGCCAGCGCACCGAGCAAGGGCCUCAGUAUCCGCCUUGUCGACUUGGCCGGUAGCGAGCGGGUGAGUGAGACAGGGGUGCACGGGCAGAAGCUGAGGGAGGUAAAGGACAUCAACCUCUCUCUCUUUACCCUUGGCUGCGUGAUUGAGUGCCUCUCUGACCCCAAGCGGCGCGGCAUCAAGCCACCGUAUCGCGACAGCGUGCUCACGAAGCUUCUCCGAGAUGCCUUCGGCGGCAACAGCAAAACAACAAUGGUUUGCACAAUCAGUCCAUGCGAGGCGCAGCACUUGCAGACGGUGCAGACGCUCCACUACGCAGCCAAAGCGCGCCAUGUGCUGAACAAGCCUCGCGUCAAGGAGGACCCCUCCGCUAUGGAGCUGCGCCGCGCCAACGAAGAGCUUGUAGCGCUGCGGCGCCAGCUGGAUGAAGCGCAGCACAACGGCAACCACUACGAGUCUAUCGAGGCGGAGCUGAGAGAGGCAAACAUGCGGCUGCGCCGCGAGCAGAAGGAAGCGAGGCUGCGCAAGCAGGUGAUGGAGAGGCGUGAGGCGGAUCUAGCUGCUCGGAUGCGGGAGCUGGAGGACCAGCGUGAGGCCUACGAGGCGCAGAUGCAGGCGCUCGAGGCCGAGGUCGAGCGUGCGCGUGUGCAGCAGGAGAAGCGCGAGAAGGAGCUGCGUCGGGCACACGAGAUGGCCACCGAAUACGCACGAGUCCGGCUCGAAGAGAUGGAGGAGCAGUGCGUCUCUGCCGAGGCAGUGCUGCGCACCAGAGAGGAGGAGCUUGUGAAGAAGCAGCGUGCCAUCGAGGAGAAGAUGCGGACAGCAGAGGCGAGCUCGCGGUGCCGGAUCGAUGAGCUGCAGCGGCAGCAGAAGGACAUGGAGAACGCGCUAAAGGAGAAGGAGCGGCUGACCUCGAUGCACGAGCGCGAGAUGCGUCACAAGUACAAGCAGGCCGAGGACGAUUUGAGGGCGAUGGAGAAGCGUAACUUCCAGAUAGAGGAAGAGUGGUCGGCUAAGGUCAGGGCUCUCGAGGCCACUGCGAAGCAACGAGAGGAGGAUGUGGCGCAGCGCAUUCGUGAGGCGCAGGCGGCGCAGUGCAAGGCCGAGGCCGCGGCGCGCCGGAGGGAGGAGGAGCUGCAGCAGAAGUGGAUCGAGACGGACAACGAGGCACGGCGGGUGCAAUCCGAGGUGGCAGCGAAGGAGGCAGAGCUGAAACGGCGCGUGCAGGAGGCGCACCGCCGCACGGAUCAGCGCGAGGAGGAGCUCAAUGAGCGUCUGCGCAAAGCAGAGUACGAGCUCGGCCGUCGCGAGCGUGAGACAGCGCAGAAGCUGCUCGAGGUAGAGACGCUUCGACAGGCGACUGAGCUGCAGUCGGAGACGACCCGCGCAAAGGAACGCACGAUGAAGGAGGUCCAUAGCGUCCGCACCGAGUCCCUGCAGGCUCUUGAGGCGCAGCUUCAGCAGCGCCAAGAGGAGCUACGCCGGCAGUUCGAUGAGGUGAUGCAGAUGAAGAGAGCAUGGAACGUGCAGCAGGCGGAGCAGAGGCAGAAGCUGGAAGCAGAGCACGAGGCUGCCCUGCAAACUGUAAAGCAAUGGGAGACUGACGUCUCUCAGCGCGACAUAGAGCUGCGCCGGCAAAACGACGAACUUGCUGGCAAGCUGCGAGCGCAGGAGAUACAGCUGGAGAAGCAGCAGAUGAUGCUGCUGGCGGAUAAGAACGAGUUCGAAACGGCGAUGCAGCGGGACAGGCGUGCGAUGCUUCGCACGAGAGAGGAGAUGCAGCUCGCCCAGGAUCGCAACGAUGUGGACUGCAAAAUGCGGCAGGAUAAGCUGCGCGAGUGGGAGACGGAGCUGCGCGACCGCCGCGCCGGGAUGGAGGCGACGCAGAGGGAGCGUGAGGCGGCGCUGCGGCAGAAGGAGAUGGCGCUGGUUGCGCUGCAGGAUGCGACGAUGGCAAAGGAGGUGGAGCUCUAUCAGGCACAGGAACGUCUCAAGGCAGAGCAGGCAGACCUGCAGGGCGUUGCCAAGGCGACCGAGGCGGAGCGAGGACGCCUGCAGGCAAACUGCACACGCCUGCAGCGGUUUGAGAUGCGACUCGGUGGAGUCGCCGACGACGGCGUCUUUGACCCCGUCGCGCUCGACGACGCGCGCAUGACCGCAGAGUACAUGGCAUGCCAAGGGCACGCCGAAUCGUCCGCCGAUGUGUUGAACCGACGAGAGCAGCGGUACUUCUGCGCUUUUGAGAGCAUGUACCGCGCCAACAUUCUGGCCGAGGAGAGGAUAGAGUUUCGCAGCUUGGCCCGCAGCAACCAGCUGGAGGCUCGUGACAUACAGCGGUGCGUCGAGGUGAUGCGGAUGCAGGAGGUGACAAACGCGCUGCAGGCGAAGCUGAACGCGGCCUUGAGCGAGUCCAAGGCUGCCGAGUCGAGGGCAACCGCAUCACAAGGGCAGGUGGGGACUCUGAGAGAGGAGCUGGAGAGCUUGCGGCGGCAGGCCCUUGAGAUGAAGGUGCAGAUGGGCAGCGCCGUCUCUGCCGCCCAAUUUGCGGAGGGGCAGGUGCGCCAGCUGAGGCUUGAGGCCUACGAAGCAGACGCAAAGCACCGCGAUCGCGAGCAGGAAUGCCAGUCCGCCGUGAUCAAGGCGCAGAGCGCCGCCACCGCUGCCGCUCACAGGCAGGGCCUCCUCCACCAGCUGACGAUGCGCGUGCUCCUGGCGUGCGAGGAGGAGCAGCGCAGCCUACUCGAGCACCAUCAGACCAGCGAGCUCCAGUCACUGCAUCUCUUGCAGAUAUCUGACCGGCGCGUACUGGAUCGCGAGGGUGCCAUCCACAAGUGGCAGUCGCUCUACCGUCGUCGCAGCGAGGAGAAUACGUCGACGAGGGCAAAGGACGACGCCGCGCGGCAGCGACUCACAGACGAGGAUGCUCAGCGCUUGCGCAAUCUCCAGCGCACCGGCGAUGUGCUCACACGCAGAGAGGGUUGCCUUGCCGCGGAGCGGGAGCGGUUUGAGCAGCGUGUGCUUGACUUUGAGAGCUGCCAGCGCGCACAGACGACGGAGCUGUCGCGGCAGGAGCAAGAGGUGAAGGGGUACUUGCUGGAACUGGAAGAGAUGGAUCAGCGCAAGAUGCGCGAGUAUGCCGAGCGCGAGCGGCGCCUCGUGGAGAUGGCGGAACACCUCAAGAUGCGGCAGGCCCGUAUUGGUACCUGCGCUCAAGACCUGUUUCAGUCUCUGCUUCAGCGAUCCGUGGAGCAGCAGCCGGUGCUGGCAGAGGCGCAUGAGGAGCUCGAGCGCGUUAGUGUGCAGCAUACCAAGUACAUGACGCUGGAGAGGCAACUCAUCGAGCAGGCACAGCGCGGCAACGCGGAUGCCACGCAGCAGCUGGCGAAACUGCACGAGGAGUACAUCGCGUCGGAGAAACAUCAGCUAAAGCGACGAGCUCGCAGGCUGGAGGAGGAGGAGGCCCGCAAUAAGCAGCGUCUGGUUGAGCAGGAGGCGGAGAUCCACCGCUAUCUGCUCGAGAUCGAGGCGGAGGAUGUUCGCCGCAACGCGCUCUCACACCAAGGCGAGGAGCUGAUGCGGAAGGCAGAGGAGCGUCUGUCCAAGGCGCAGUUUAAGGAGGCUGCGUUGCGCGACCUGGCCCGCCAAAUCCACCUCGAGGCUAUGGAAUCAGAGGAGCAGGCGCGCACAAUGGAGACAACGGUGCGGCGAGCGGAAAAGUCUACUCGCGAGAAGCUCAGGCACCGAAAGGUGGAGCUGGAGCAGCUGCAGCGUGCAGCCAGCAGCGCCGCCGAGUACAACGAGCGGACGCUACUGGACAUGGAGGCGGACUUGUUGACGAUUGUGAACAAGAACAAGGAUGCCGAGCACGUUAUCAAGACGCGCGAGGCGGAGAUCAAGCGGCAGAAGAUGUACUACAUGGACCUCUCCAAGAUGCUGGGCGAGCGCAAUGAGAUGCUCCGAAAGGAGCACGCGCUGCGCCUCUGCGGCAAGAAGAACGCCGGCUCGCUGGCUAAGGACCUACUCGACGUCAAUGACUCUCUGCGCAAGCAGGUGUCGACGUGGAAGCAGAAGUUUGACGUCCUUCUUUCGGAGGGCAAGAUCGAGUGCGAGAAGUGCUCGUGGAAGAAUAAGCGAGACACAUCAAUGUGCAUGUGCUGUGGACACGCGGGCUUGCUGGAGUUGUCGCAGACGUGUUGA